AUGACUCAUACAUUCGGUGAAUACCCAUACCCCCUCGAACCAGGAGCCCCACCCCCUCAAAGUUACAGCACCUCAUCUCAGUCUAUGCAUCUUCUUCCUGGCAGAGAUUAUGUUCAGGAGCAGUAUGGUGGCGGGUGUCGUCCCAAAACGCCUCCGGUGGAGUUAACUCCUACCAGACUAAGGAGUAGAAUCAAGGCUACGCAGCACGAUGUCGGCAUAGUCAAAGAGGCUGCCAUCCGGCGUCAGGAAAACUCAUUCCCACCCGACGCUCUAACCAUUCCCGCAGCACCAGCACCUGCACAUCCUACAUAUGAUAAUAGUGUCAUGGGAGGUGAUGUGUCGUCCACUCAGGCUCUUCCUCAGGGAAAUCGUCACACAUCACCACGUCUCCAUGAUCCCGAUCCUCCCGAUCCUGCACCUCUACAGGAUAUGUUUUACGAUCCCAUGGAGGCACAACCCAGCGGAUGGUUGCCGCAGCACUCGAAUUCCUUUGGAGAGAUGGAUGAUGCAUCAUUCACGGCACUGCUCAUGGAGACACAGGGACAUUUUAUGUCUUCUGAUGCCAGCCCAAGUUUCACUAACCAGCCUUCCUCCUCGCAUGCACCCUCUCAUGAGCCUCCAGUGCCUCAGAGUGCCGAAGGAAGUUCUCGUCAGAUUGCACCUAUGACUACAAAUGUCAUCCCACCAACACCACUGAAGGAUGUUGCCAGCAGUUACAGCCUUUCUGACCCUCCUCGUUAUCCCUCCCCACAUGAACGUGGUGCUUCCGUCGAUGCCAGAAAUGUCAACGACCUGUUCUCUGAUCCUCAGGGCAGCAAAGACGCACCUUCCUCAAUGUCAGACCAGUCAUUUGUCCCCGGACGGAAGUCUGCCAACACCAAUGCGAUCCUCGAAGCUGCUUUCGUCGAAAUUGAGCAAUCAUUUCUUGAGCUCUCAGGGUCGACAUCAAUUCCAGUGCAGCAAGUCAUCAACUGGUUCUUGAAAAGUCGAGGUCAGACGACAGUCAGCACUAACUUCUGGAACAUAUAUGCUCGCAGUUACUUCAAGGAUCACACAGAGCAAGAACUUGCAUGGGUUGGGCAUAAGGUUCCUGCAGACGGAGGCUCUCCAGGUAUGUCGAUUCAGACAAAAUGUUACGACCUCUUCAAAGAGGCCUUUCCAGACACAUACAAAGACAUUCUCUCCGUCCACGAUGAAGUGAAAAUGCUAUCCGCUUCCCCUCAAACUGUCUCUCAGCGCGCACAAGAGUUUCAAAAAUACUACCGAAGGAUGUUUAGUAUUGCUGAUAGCGCUGCUGCUAAAUUCGGUUUUGAGACCGCAAUGGUCAUCUGUGGUAAAAUUGUCAAUCAAGAUGCCUCCCUUGGUCAAGUUCAUACUACACCAGGCGCUGCAGAGUUCUGGAGUACACGAUGCCGAGCUGAUGAUGACACUAUCAUUGGUCACCUCAAAGCUCAUGUCUACAAUAAAACCUCAAUGGCAGUAGUUGAAAAUGCCUUCGACGACUUGCCUGAAGAUGACAAAGAAGCCUCUUCUCGGGAUGCUGACUCAAUUCCUUCCACUGAAGUCGAGGGUCGCGAUGAAUCUCUCCGGUGGCUCAAGAAAGAAAUCGCAAAACAAGUCACUAAACUUGGUGGGAAGUUUGCAUCCGACAAGAAUUUCCCCUGGAAAACGAUGCCCAGCACCUUAGCCUCUGGCGGCCUGAACAUAGAAGGGUAUCCCGCCCACAUGUGUCUCAUGCCGGGUGAAUCCCAUGAUCCGACAUCAAAGAAUAACAAGGGGAUAGGUGUAUUGACGUUCAAAGAGGUUGCAGCGCUUGUUGAUGCUUACAAGGCUGGCACCAUGUGGGUGGUCAAGUCUUCCAAUACGCACACAUCGUUGAUUGAAUCAACGGAGCCAGUUAUCAUCAGAGAGGCUCCUCCAUCCACCUGGGAGCACGCAUCUGCUCGUUGCAUGUUUGCUGAUCGCCAUACAGAUUAUGGUGGCCCAGAAUGUGUGGGGACAAGUGUCGCACAGACCAGAGUCAAGAAGGGAAAGAAUGUAUCAAGAGCUCGUGAUCCUGAGCAUGGAGAGGCAGUCAUGUCUCGCCCCCCUGCUCGUCCCUUUAAGGUUGUCGCCAAGCCCAUUUCUAAGCCCCAAACUCCUCCUCCCGCUCGUCCCUUCCGGGUUGUCACUAGGCCAGCUGCGCCAAUGGCUCCCAAGGCUGCUGCGCAGGAGGUCAUUGAACUCACUUCAACUUCGGAGGGCUCAAGGGAUGUGACAGCGGAGGUGGACAUUGAAUAUGAAGACGAUUCACGCGGGAAGAAACGGAAACUAAAGUCAGGAAGUUCUUCUCAGAUGUCCAAGAAGCGUGUAUCUGCAGAGGUUGUCAUUGAACUGACGAAGGAAGGUGUGCAUUCCAAGGCAAAACCAUCACCAUCCGAUGCCUCUGUAUUAAAAGGGGGUCCGCUGUCACCAUUAACUGUGGGGUCGUCUUCUGUUGACGAGCACUUGUCUGGCGAUGAAGCUGCCCAGCCAGUUCAACCUGCAGCUCGCAUCCGGGAUGGUCCUUCCAACGUACAGCCAAAAUCCAAGGCACUCCCAAAACCAAAACGCAUAACAAAGGCAUCUUGGGCAGCCAUGCGCCGUGCACACAAGAUGAUGUAUGCGGUUGAUUCGGAAGAGGAGGACGCUCCAGGUCAAAAGGACUCAAAGGCAACAGCAGAUGCUGGAAAAGGUGCUGUCGUGCUUGCAGACCCUCAGCCUGAUGCCGCAGCUCAGCCAGCAAACCCCACCCCAAUUGAACCGCCAGCUACUAUGGUCACCACACUUUCGCCACUGGAAGUCACGCCCAGCGUGGCUGCACAACACGAGGGCUCUGAGCAACCCCAACCCUCGAACGGUACGCUCCAGACCAUGUCUUCCCCUUCAACACCUGGCAAUGACGAGAAUGGAACCCCCAAAGCUCAAUCCAUUGAGCGUCCAUCUUCGCAUCCUGCUGGGGAGAGGCCCCUUCCGCAACCUGAGCCACUUCACACUGAUCCUCAUAUUGAGGCGGCCAACCGCUAUGCACAUUCUCCAUUGCUUCAAUGCGAUGCUCCCAUCACACAUAAGGCUCCUUUACACAUGCACGAGCUCCCCAGACAUCCUCGUGAGCCUUCUGUGCUGUUGCGAGAGCCUCUGCUUCAUCCUCGUGCACCUUCUGUGCCGUUGCGAGAGCCUCUGCUUCAUCCUCAUGCACCUUCUGCGCCAUUUACCACUCACACGCACCCCCAUCCUACUAGCGGCCUCAAUCCCCACGGCCUUCCACGCACCCAUAAUCUUGAAGAGGCUCGGUAUGCUCAUGUACCUAUGGGAUACAACCAUCCAAGUUAUCCUUCUCAUUACAACUCACCUGCUGAAGGUUACGACGACCGCUAUGAUGACCGCAGGCAUCCAUCAGACCUCUACUAUCAAGACAUGUGUGGUCAUGAUGGAAGGUACUAUGGAGAUACCAAUAGAUGGGCAGACCGCCGCUGA